AUGGCCGACUUGAAACUGAUCUUAGUCAUUGGCGGAACAGGUGCCCAGGGCAUCCCAGUUGUCAAAGCGCUCUCUGAAAGUAAUCGUUACAGCGUGAGAGUCCUCACUCGAAACCGCCAAUCGACUCGAGCCCUGCAGUUAGCUGCUUUGCCAAAUGUUACACUCUUUGAAGGUAACCAGGACGACCAGGACGAUCUCCAUGGCGCCUUUAAUGGUGCAUAUGGCGCAUGGGUUAACCUGGAUGGGUUCACGCUUGGCGAGAAAAACGAAGUUUUUUACGGCAUUAGAGCCUAUGAAAUUGCAAGACACGAGGGUCUCAAACAUUAUAUCUGGGCAAACUCAGACUACGCAGUUAAAAAAGCAGGUUGGGAUGAAAAAUACCACUGGGGCCACAAUGAUGCAAAAGGCCGUAUUGGCGACUUGAUUCUGAGUCACGGCCAAGAAACCAUGAAGACGACGCUCUUCACUACUGGUCCAUAUAUGGAUAUGCUCUGGGACGGCAUGUACGUGCCAAAGGAACAGGAUGAUGGAUCAUUUGUUUGGGCUACUCCAGCCAGUGACGGGAAAAUUCCCCUCAUCGCACUUGAAGAUGUUGGUUUCUACAACCUCUGGAUCUUUGACAACCCACAGGAAUCAGCUGGACUUGAUCUUGAAGUCGCCACAGACCAAGUCAGUAUGGUGGAUAUUGCAGAGACUUUUACCAGAGUCACGGGCAAGAAGGCCGUUCACAAGCGUCUGCCUCUCGAAGAAUAUUUACAAAUGGCCGAACCUUAUCCCAACGCGCCCGCCAACUGGGCUGCGGGUCCAAAUGCGGUUCGUGACAAGUCAGUAAUGACUUGGAGGGAGAAUUUCACUGCAUGGUGGCGAUACUGGAGCGAGGGCAAAGGUGCGACUAGAGACAUGGCACUUUUGGACAGAAUCUACCCUGGGAGAAUUAAGAGCUUGGAGGAGUGGAUGAGAAAAGUCAAUUACGAUGGGAAACAGAAAGCGGUCCUCAAAGGCAUUGAAGACCUGAAGGCCCAAGCUUCGUAG